GUAAUGGAUAACCCUAUACAUUCAAUAAUGUAUACCGCUCUUUAGAAAUCCGUCCUGACAAAAUGAACUUUACUAAAACUCUUACUUCAAAGACUAACACAAGGCAAUCGACCUAUCACCCCGGCUACUUUAAGAUAUUGAGAAACUAGCGCGGGUGGUUUGGUAUUUGUCCUUGCCGAAAAAUGCCAGGUGACCACUUCGAGUUUGAUGAGAGUGGAGAUACAUUCCUGUGCUUUCUGACUGCAUUUUACACCUUAGUUUUAAUCCCACUCACCUAUUUCUGUUGGCCAUCCCUUGAGUUCAAAGAAUCAUAUGAGCAAUCUAAAAGAAAAUGCAUGUGUCAACCUUGCCAACUCAAAAGGCAUCAUAUAAAAUCUUCCACACCGCUUAAAAGGCUCAAAAAAAUCAUAAUAAAGGCUGCAUUUGUUGCUGGCUGGGGAAUAUUUUUCUUACUUGUGUACAAACUCACUUUAAUUGAGCCUGAUAACUCUGGAUUCGAUCCGUUCUUGGUUUUGGGAAUUGACAAAGAUGCAUCUCCCAAAGAUAUCCGAAGUGCGUACAAAAAACUAUCCUUACUGAACCAUCCUGAUAAAGGUGGUGAUCCCAAACGCUUUAUACAAAUCUCAAAAGCAUAUAACGCCCUAACUAAUGAAGAAUCAAGAAAAAAUUGGGAAGAAUUUGGUAAUCCCGAUGGUCCUGGUGCUGCUCAUUUUGGUAUUGCAUUGCCCAAAUGGAUGGUUCAAAAGGAAAAUUUCUAUCUGGUUAUUGGAGCAUAUAUAUUACUGUUCAUGAUAAUAUUGCCAAUUUCUGUGGGUGUUUGGUGGUAUAAUACGAUGAAAUUUAGUAAUAACAAUGUACUGUUGGAUACAGUAAGAUAUUUUUGUGGUGCAUUCAUGCGUUCACCUUAUAUGGCAAUGCCACGUAUUAUUAAAGUAUUAUCCACUGCAUAUGAAUUCAAUCCAAAUUAUAAUAAAGAAAUAAUUUGUCGACCAAGUGAUAAUACUGAGCUACCUCCGUUAAUUAUGCAGAUACCAUUCUUCACUAUUUUUAAAAAAGCCAUCGUUGGGUCACCAUAUUCAGUAAAAGCUAGAGCAUUGAUUUAUGCACAUUUGGAACGUUUAGAGCUUCCAGCUAACACUUUACAUGUUGAUAGACAGUAUAUUAUUAAACAUUCGCCUCGGUUAAUUGACGAAAUGAUCAACAGUUUGCUAUACGUUCUAGCUGUGGCAAUGGACGAAGCUAAUUCAAGACAUAAAACACCGCAACACUUAGCUACCAUAGAAAAUUGUAUGCAUUUAAUUCCGAUGCUGGUUCAAGCACUUACGGACAAUGCUUCACCGUUACUCCAACUUCCACAUAUCACUCAAACUCAACUUAGACAUAUGGCGACUAAACAACGUAAUAUUAAAUCUGUUCGACAGUUGAUCAAUUUACCAGAUGAUAAACGUAGAGCCCUUUUACGAAGUCUUUCUGAUGAACAAUAUCGUGAUAUUCUUAUAGUUAGUUCUUCUAUGCCCUAUCUAGAAUUAUCCUAUCGAUGUGAAGUAUUAGAUGAAGAUGAAGAUGAUUCAAGUAUUUGGCCAUUUAGUAUGGUUACAGUUACUGUUCUAUUAAAACGUAAACCAUUAUUAGAUCCGAAUGCAGUGAAUAAUGCUACAAACGUUAAUGGACAUACUACUAAUACUAAUACAAUUACUACUAAUUCUGGUACUACUAAUUCUCCUACUACAUUAUCCGAUUCAAGUUAUUUCGAUCGUGGUCAAACAAUGCAACUUGACUGGAAUGCCUAUAAUAAUAGUGAUUCAUUGAAUUCUAAACUUUAUCCUGUCGCAGAUAUACAUGGUACAGAGACGUUAAAAUCGUUGAAUUAUGAUGAUUUUCUUGGCAGUGGUGGUGGUGAUGAAGAUAAGGUAUUUGAUAAUGUUGGCAAUUCAACGAAGUCAUCAAAGAAAGCCACUCCACCUGUUUGGGAUAAAAGUAAAAGAAAAAAAGGUGUACGCAAAAAUAAAUCACGUAAACAACAACAACAACAGCAGCAGAAAAACUCUUCAUUGGGAUCCGAAAAAGUCAACCAAUUGGAAAUCAAUCCUACAGAUGAAAUUGAUUCAGAACAAGAAGAUAGUGAUUCUGUUGUUGGCAUUGAUAAGAUCCCAGAUCAUAUUGGUUUUACCAAUUCAUCGGUUCCAUCAGAAUUCUCUAUAAAAGAAAAAGAUGAAUCUGUUCAACCAAAUCAUAUUGAUGAUGGACAAGUCCAAAGAAAAAUCACAACGGAUACUUACGUUGAAUCAUCUUUACCAUCUUCAUUAAAUACAAAUAAAUCUUCUUCAAGUAGAAAACCUAUGAAACCACACAAUAAAUUAUCUAGUAUGAUGGAUUCAAAAACACAUUGUACACAUGUUGUACAUUGUCCUUAUUUUCCUGUGGAGAAAUUUGAAGGUUGGUGGAUAUAUCUAGCUGAUAGAAAAACUCGUCAACUUAUCACUAAACCUAUUUAUAUUGCCACAUUACAAACUGAAGAAGAGCUACAACUUAGAUUUGUGGCACCUCCUAUCCCUGGUCAGUAUUUGUACGUACUAUCCGUUCGGUCAGAUAGUUACAUGGAUUGUGAUUUCACUGAAUGUAUUCGUAACUGUUGAUCUUAUUUGUAUACCAAUAAAAUUCAAUAAUCAGAAUAGUUACCAUGUUAAAAAUCUGUUUUUCAUUCACUUAUUUAUUUAAAUAAAUGCCAGAUAAAUAUUUGUAAUCAUUUGUUCUAUAUGUCUCAUGCAUCUAUUAUAAAGUUUACCACUGACAACAACCUUAUUGAUCGUGAAUGCCUCUAAUUUAAUAUGUUUGUUAGAACAAACAGACAAACAUUUAAAAGUUCAUAUAUAGUUGUUGCUUUUUUAUUGAAUAACAUAAUCUCCAACUUAUAUUUCAUGUUGUUAUUACACAACUUCAUCACACAUAUGCACAAGCUGAGCAGUCAACCUAUUCUGAGUUGAUUUGGUAAUUAUGUUCAGAAAACCAAACGAUUAUCAUACUGAACUAAUAUGACAGAUAUUGAAGAGCUUUUCUUAAAAUAAAAAUCUGUGAAUGAAGUUGUCCACAAUAUAUUUUAUUAAACACUUCAUGGGAAAUGUUUACAGUUAUCCGUAACUGUUUACUAUGAACAUUUCAGUGCACCGAAGCCCUAUAUCUAAAGUGAAAAACACAAAUAUAGUGAAUAGUAAGUCUUGAGAUGUAAUGUCUUAUGAAAAUUGCACUAGUAUUUGCAGUACUCAUUCACUAAAUUUACAGAUUAUUAAUCUAAAUUGUUGUGUAUAACAUUGAAAACGUUGCGGGUAAUGUUAUCUCAUUAGGUUUUACACUUCUCUCUCUAACUUACAAUAUUAUCGAAUAUUCAAUUACCUUGUAGUGUCAAUUUAAUCUUAAUAGUUGUCGAAAACAGGUGAAAAGUUUCAAUCAUAUCAAUAAUCACCUAUCGGUAGUCUCGAUAACUGGUAAUGUUCAUUGAAGUUUCACCUAAAGAAGGAAGGCAAUUCAGUGCUUGAUAAGCACUCUACUUUAAUUAGUGCCCAGGUAGUUCUUUUAAAAUUACAGGUACUUCUGGCUGAAGAGUACCGAGUAGCACAAAACGUAUGUCAACUAGAGUUUCCUGCGAACUGCAUCCAACCAGGUAACAUCACAACAUGGCGUAUACAGUGUCAAGUCACUUGACUAGUAAACAUAUUCGAACUUGAUAUAUACGAUUCGGUCAACUUUAAAGGACUAAACAAACAUGACGUUAGUGAUUACUCAGAGUAGUAAAUAAUUCCCCAGUGUUGACAUUUAUAGUUGGUUAUUGUGGAUAUAAUAUUUUUUAGUUCACUGUUCGUCCACUUCCUGAA